CUCGCGAGAAGCGCCGCCGCCGCCGCCGCCGCCGCCGCCGCCGCCAUGGAGCUGCCCGUGCAGGGCCCGCCGGGGCUGUCGGCUGUGCUGGCGAGCACGGACUGGUCCGAGCCCUGGCUGCUGGGGCUGGCCGCCUUCCACCUCCUCUGCUUCCUCCUGACGUGCGCGUCCCUGCAGCACCGCCGGGUGCAGGUCGGGCACUUCCUCUGCAUGGUGGGCUUAGUGUACUGUGCUGAGUACAUCAACGAAUUAGCAGCCAUGAAUUGGAGGUUGUUUUCUAAAUACCAAUACUUUGAUUCAAGAGGAAUGUUUAUUUCGCUUGUAUUUUCAGCACCACUGCUGGUGAAUACUAUUAUAAUUGUGAUCAGCUGGGUUUACAGAACUUUGAAUGUAAUGACUGAACUAAAGAUGCUACAACAGAGAAGGAAAGCAGAAAAAGAGAAAAAGAAGUGAAAGCACCUUACACUAUUUUUUUCAAUUAUAAUAGUGCUUGUCUGGGUAAUCAGUCCUUCUGUAUGAUUAUUCAGAAACAGAGAUACAUUUGUGUCUGAUGUCAAGAGGACUUUGUAACAUGUGCCUAUGGGCAAGGUGAAAGAAGGUGUCUACAAUACAUUUGAAUUGGCUGUGAAAUUGAGAAACCAGUCUUAAGAGAUUUUGUGCCCUUCAUUUUAAGAUAGUUUUCCACCAUGACCUAUGCGAGACACAAUGUUCCAGUUAGUUUUGAUUGUAUGUGAUUUUUAAUGUAUCUUACCUCUCUGUUUAUCAAAUAUCCAUUCUUCUGCUGCUUAAGCCAGUUGGAGAAGUGUUGUGAAUUAAAGUAAAUGAGAGAUUGUAUUCAGAAUAACUCAGGAAUCCAUGCUUCUGUGAAGCAUGUCACUUCUUUAUAAAUCAGGUUUCAUACUUUCUAUGUGUAUUGUGUGCCAGUGGCAUUUUAUAAAUAAAACUAUCCACUGUAUCUUAAA